AUGCCAAUUUGGAAAACACAAACAUUCUUCACUAGUAUUUCUGUUAUUCAAAUAGUCAAUAAAGAAACCAAAGUUUCUACAAAAAAAGAAAAGGAUAGCAUGUUGAACCAGUUGAACACAAUCUUAAGAUUUUUAUUCUUGUUUCUGCAGUUAAUUAAAUCAUCCGCUGCAGUUGAACCUAAUGGUGGACCGAAUAUUCUAGAUCACAACAUUAUGUUGGUUAACACUAAUGCAACGAUCCCUAAAAAGGAACAAACUGAUUUUGAGGUGAUUUCUCCAACAAAACAAACACAAGUAGAUGAAGACUGUAAAAAAGGCUUGUAUCAUAUUGAGAAUGCUGGAAAUUUGAUUGAACUGCAAGCUAAAUGUUGGAAAGUGGUAGGAAACAUUGAAAUAUCAAGUAACUACAGCGGAUCUCUUAUUGAUCUAGGGUUAAUAAGAGAGAUAGAGGGAGAUCUUAUUAUCAAGAAUAACAAACACAUUUUUAGAAUCCAGGGUUAUAAUUUAGAGUCUUUGGGAAAGUUGGAAUUGGAUAGCCUAACUUCCUUUGUAUCAUUAGACUUUCCCGCUUUAAAAGAAGUUGAAACCGUUGAUUGGAGAGUUUUGCCUAUUCUAAGUAGUGUUGUCAUUAACGGAAAUAUUAAAAAGAUCAAAAAUAUUAUCAUAUCUGAUACUGCAUUAACCUCCAUCGAUUACUUCAAUAACGUCAAGAAAGUGGAUAUUUUCAAUAUCAACAAUAACAGGUUUUUAGAAAAUUUAUUCGCAAGUUUAGAAAGUGUUACUAAACAACUAACCGUCCACUCUAAUGCCAAAGAGCUGGAACUUGAUUUGAGCAACUUACACACGGUUGAAAAUAUGACCAUUAAGGACGUUUCAGAAAUUAAACUAGCUAAACUUUCCUCUGUGAACAGUUCUCUAGAGUUCAUCGAGAAUCAAUUUUCAAGCUUGGAACUACCACUUUUGGCAAAAGUUCAAGGAACGUUGGGGUUAAUAGAUAAUAAAAAUCUGAAAAAGCUAAACUUUUCGAAUGCCACCGAUAUUCAAGGGGGUCUAAUGAUUGCUAACAAUACAGAGCUUGCCAAAAUUGAUUUCUUCCCCAAGUUGAGGCAAAUUGGCGGUGCAAUAUAUUUUGAAGGUAGCUUUGAUAAAAUUGACCUCCCAGAGCUAAAGUUAGUAAAAGGUAGCGCUUAUAUCAAAAGUUCAUCUGAGGAAUUAAACUGUGAAGAAUUUACAUCACCAAAAGCCGGUCGUUCGAUCAUAAGAGGCGGUAAAAUCGAAUGCACAUCUGGUAUGAAAAGUAAAAUGCUGAAUGUUGAUGAAGAGGGGAAUGUACUAGGAAAGCAGGAAACUGACAAUGAUAAUGGAAAGAAAGAAAAAGGAAAAAAUGGUGCAAAAAGUCAAGGAAGUUCAAAGAAGAUGGAAAACAGUGCUCCGAAGAACAUUUUUAUUGAUGCUUUCAAAAUGUCAGUUUAUGCAGUUUUCACGGUAUUGUUCUCGAUAAUUUUUUAG